ACGUAAACAAAAAUAUCCGUGUUCCGCCGCCGGUUCUGGCCGUAAAAUGGGGUACAUCUUGGGGUCUCUACGGACCCGCUGUGAACGACUGUUGAACCCCCUGUGCAACCAGCUACCGCUCAUACUGAGCCAGGUGCAGUACACGACCAAAAUCAAAUGUGACCUCGACGGUAUCACGGCACAGGCCGUCAGUGAAGAGGGACUAAAACCACGCAAACACCGCGGCCGGAUCAGGUGCAACAACACGGCCUUACCGUCCGAGAUUCACGAAGCGAUUUUGAAGUGUUCCAAAGAUUAUCCACUCAAAAGCCUUAUCACCGAUGGACAGCGACUAUCAAACUGCAUACGCUCCCGCCACUGGCUGCCGACCGAUGCUCCGGCCAACCGAGGCAAACUUCCAGCGGGCGAGCAACGUGUUCCGAGCAGUGCACGACGGCAGCAAUCAUCCGUCUUCGAUAUGCACGAUGAGUACAGCUGCCUGACACAGCUAGUUGGCCGUGCCGAUGCGGAAUAUGCAGUAUUGCAGCGUAUUUUCACGGAGAUUAACCAGCGAGAUCCAGACCUGAGGCCGCGCAGCUUUCUCGACUUUGGAGCCGGCGUGGGUACGGGCACCUGGGCGGCGGCACAGAUUUGGCGAGAGCAUCUGUUUGAGAUACUGUCCGUUGAUAAAUCGCGCCACAUGAACGAUCUGGCCGAGCUGAUGCUUCGCCAGGGUGAUCCUAAUCGGGCCAUGAUGUUGCGGAACGUGUUCUACCGACAGUUUCUUCCGGCUAGCCCCGAUCGGAAGUACGACAUCGUGAUGAGCGCUUUCAGCCUGUUCGAUCAGCCAUCUCGAAGAAAACUAUAUGAAUUGGUCGAUCAGCUGUACGCUACCUUCGAUCGCUAUCUCAUCUUUGUCGAGCAAGGAACGAAUGCGGGCUUCCGGUUGCUCGAUGGCAUCCGCAACCAUAUUCGUCGCGCGCAUCAGACGAGUGAUGCUCAUCUGUUUGCACCGUGUCCGCACAGUUCCGUAUGUCCACGAGUUGUUCUAGAUGACGGAACACCAUGUAACUUUGAGGCAACCUACACACGCAGCUUUCCAUCAUCGGAUGGGAAACAGUUCGGCACUAUACUCUACUCGUACUUGGUUUACCGGAAAAACCCUCCGGACAGUGCGCAGGGCUUUCCACGGUUGGUACGGCCGACGGCUGUGCGCUCCAGGCAUUGUGUCUGUCACGUGUGUGCCGCCGAUGGGAAGCUACACGAUGCAACCUUCACCACGACAAAGCAUGGCCAGACGAUUCAUCGGUGUGCAAAGGCUAGCCGCUGGGGUGAUCUAUUGCCCAUGCAAGUGCAAUGGACCGAUGACAAAACCCUGACGGCAGAGGAACAUCUGCCAUCGGAUGAUGAAAAGUGAAAGUACACGAAGGAGACGAGAAAUUCGAAAUAAAUGGUAGUUCGGAAGAAAUCUACUCUGAUU